GCGUGUCGCUGUCGGCCCGGAUCAGACCGGAGCAGAGGAGAAGAAGAGCAGCAGCGGUCGGUUGUGUACGGAUUCACCGGAUUCUCUCCCGUUAACAGGAUCCCUCAUGGCGGCCCGCCUCGGAGUGGAGGUGUACCUGGACCUCCUCUCGCAGCCCUGUCGCGCGCUGCACAUCUUGCUGGGCUGCACGAGCCUCCCGCACACCGUCCGGCACGUGGCCCUGAGGAGAGGGGACCACCGGACUCCAGAGUUCUCCCAGCUGAACCCCAUGCAGAAAGUCCCAGUGAUGGUGGACAAUGGCUUCGUGCUCACAGAGAGUGAUGCCAUCAUGAAGUACCUGGUCAACAAGUAUGACGUCCCGGAGCACUGGUAUCCACGACAACCAGAGAGACGAGCCAGAGUCGAUGAAUACACGGCCUGGCAUCACACACACACCCGGCCGCACGCUGCCAAAGUGUUCAUACUGGAGGUGCUACUCCCGGCGCAGACGAGCUCUCCGGUGGACGAGGAGCGCUUGAGUCGUGCCGUGUCUCAGCUGGACGACACACUGGAGAAGCUAGAGUCCAUGUUCCUGCGCCGGCAGCCCUUCCUGUGCGGCGACGACGUCACGGUGGCUGACCUGCUGGCCGUCUGCGAGCUGAUGCAGCCGGAGGCGGGGGGGCGGGACGUCCUGCAGCAGAGCCCUCAGCUGCAACGCUGGAAGAGUCGAGUCCGGGCCGCCGUCGGGGACGCCUUCGACCAGGCGCACGCCGUGCUAUACGCCGUCAGAGACCGGCGCCGCGCCAAGCUGUGACAUCACACAGAGGGGCGGGGCCACCGGACUGAAGGAGACAAUCACCGUUUCUAAAUGCUAACAAUAGCUUAGCUAGCUUCUCCAGCAGAUUUCAGCUAAUUGAGUUGUUCCUGAAUGAAUGCCGUUCACAUAAAGUGGCCUUAAACUGAUUUGUGUUAAAGCAGUGUUACCUUGGACGUCCUGAUUAUACUCUUAUGUCUGUAGCUAUUUCAGGAGGACCUCAGACUUCCUCCCAUCAGCUCAGAGAUGACCCGUUGCUCUGCCUGUGAUGGAAGGAGUAUUUAUCCAUCAGACUGAAUCAUUAGAAUUUGAGGCUCUGACAAAUAAAGGUUUGAGGUUUUA